AGGCGCAGUGGCUUCACAACUAUCCAGUCCCGUCCUCAAGCGCAGACAUCAACAAGAGAGCGGGUUUACUGAUGCGGGCUGGUUUUUCCCAGUACUUACAUCCUUACGACGCUCUUCGCGGAUACUUGUUUUGUGUCAGCUUCGCCAAACUUCCGACAAGAUGUUUGGCUUUCAUAAGCCCAAAAUGUACCGGAGUUUGGAAGGCUGCUGCAUCUGCCGGGCCAAGUCUUCCAGCUCCCGUUUCACAGACAGCAAGCGGUAUGAGAAGGACUUCAGGAGCUGUUUUGGUUUGAGUGAAACCAGAUCUGGGGAAAUCUGUAACGCCUGCGUCCUCCUUGUGAAACGGUGGAAAAAGCUACCGGUGGGAACCAAGAAAAACUGGAACCAUGUCGUUGAUGCCAGAGGAGGCCCCAGCCUAAAGAUAACAUCCAGGCCCAAGAAAAUCAAAACUGUCUCCAAGAAAGCUCGGCCGAGCCAGAUCAGCAGGCUGCAGAAGGAGCUUAAAAGACACAAUUCAGAUGCCCACAGCACAACCUCCAGCGCCUCUCCAGCCCAGUCUCCCUGUUACAGCAACCUGUCCGACGACGGCUCCGACACGGAGCUGAACCCGGGGUCCAGCCGCUCCCCGGUCUUCUCCUUUCUGGAUCUCACCUACUGGAAGAGGCAAAAGGUGUGCUGUGGAAUAAUCUACAAGGGCCGCUUCGGGGAGGUGCUCAUCGACCCCCAUUUGUUCAAACCCUGCUGCCGCAACAAGCAGCGGCAGCAGCAGCAACAGCAGCAGCAGCAGCCGCACCGACAGGAGGAGGAGGAGGAAGACGAGGAGGAGGAGGAAGAGGAGGAGGAGGAGGUCGAGGUAGAGGAGGGUCAAAUGGGGGUGGAUAAAUCCCAUGUGGAGGAGGAGGCGGUUAAGGAGACGCCUACGGGUGAGGAAAAUGCAGAGCCUGUUAAGCUAUGUGUGACAGCACCUCCAACCAGCAGUGGGGAGGUGAUGGAGGUAGGCUGGUGAAACACAGACCCCCCACCCCCCCCCCCCCCCCUUUCGUUUUCCUUCAUUUGGCAACGUUCUGAAGAAAUCUUGGGAUGGAUUUUUUUUUCUUUUUUUUUUUUUCCUGAGCACUUACAGAACGAAGUUGCCUCAGAUUGCCUUCAAUCAACAAAGCAGCUAAAACAUAUUUGGUCUCCCCCGGUGAUAACGCCGGAGGAUUGUUUAUUAAUUAUGGUUGAACUGUAACUUAUGGACUUCUCUGUUCGUUCUGUAUUUUUAUUUUUGUUGUGUUUGAUUUUUUUUUUUUGAACCAUGCUGAUGAUGGACCGUCAUCUGUGGUGUUACUGAUCUACCUUAGAUGAAAUGCUGGAGCUCCGGUUUGCUGGUAAAUUUUUGCAGAUUUCAUUCUGAAAACGCAAUACAUUCGCUCAUUUACAGAUAAUAAUAAUAAUAAUAAAAAAA